ACGACUGUGUCGACGACUGUGUCGUUUGAAUGCGAGACACUGUGAGUAAAUAGUGAGGAAUGGCGGAGGGCUCGGUGAAAUUGCGACGGCGGAGGAGCCUGGCUUUGAUGUUCGCGAGAGUGGAUGACGAGCGGGAGAAGACGGCGAACGAGGUGCGGCAGGCGACGCCGUUCGCGAGCCGGAAGGACGUGAAGCGACGGCAUUCCGUCGCGCUGUUCGGUCGCUCCGUCGCGACUCAGCGACAGUCGGUGUUCUAUGUCGGCUCGGGCGACGAUGGCGCCCGGACCAGCGUCGCGAAGCACGCGGACGUGAAGCGACGACAUUCCGUCGCGGUCUGCGACGACGCGGUCGCGAUCCAGCGACCGUUCCGCGACAAACGCCGAUCCGUGUUCUACCUCGAUUCGGACGACCGGAGUCCGCCGGAGUCGGACGCCGGCGUCAGACGACGCAAAUUCUCGCUUUUCCGCGUCCUGGACGCCUACAGGGAAAAGAAAGACAGGCUAAAUCCUUUCGGUGGUCGCAGUUGCGACGACGACGACGGCGACAGCGACAACACCUUCAACCCAGACUAUAGACGAGCCUUUUCCCUGGAUUCUCGGCUGACCCGAAUCGCCGAGGUCCCUUCCGUGCCCUGCGACGAAGACGAGAACAGUGCUGUGGGUCGGUUCGCAGGUGGAGGAGGAUCGGGAUUCCGCGCGGGAGUGCGAUUCCUCGAGGAGUCACCCUCGGCCGGGCCGGGUCCACCGGCGGCCCCGGAUCAGCGAGUCCAGUCUUCAGCGGAAUCACCACAGGUUCGCCGCUUUUUUGGGUCGAUUGUGAGGCCGAAGUCCGAGGUGUUCACCGGGUCCAUGCUGGAGUCCGAGGAGCCCGUUUCCCUCCCCCACCUCGGGAGGGAAUUCCCAUCCGACAGGAGCAUCUCCUCCGAAGACCAGGCGACCCUCCUCGGCCGGCUGCGGAAGAACCUGAUGCUGAAGUUCAACCGCCGCGGCAGCACCGUCGCGGAGCCCCUCCCCACCGACUGGCGGAUCGAGCCCGCGACCGUCGACAACAAGAUGAAUGGGAACUCGAGGAGCAGCUCGAAGAACCGCUUGAGCGGCGAUAGCGGCGACAGCGGCAUCGGGAUCGACCCCCUCGGUCGACUGGGGCCGCCUUCCUCGCCGUCUCGCAACUUCAACGAGCAGAGCGAGCCGAUGGAGCUGUGGAACUCGGAGCGGUGGGCGCUGGAGGAGGCGAGGAAGACGUCCGCGCCGCCCGGGGGGGUACCGAACGGGUACCCGUCGGUCCCCGGGGACGGGGGACGGGGGGAGCGAGUGGUGCAAGCUCCGCAAACUGCUGACAGUCCGGGGAUGAAGCGCUGGCCGGGCACCUCCUCCCUGCGCCGGUCCCGGAGCCAGCCGUCGGACCUGAACGCCCCGGCGCCCGGCUCGGACGACGCGACCGGCCCGACGCACUGCUCCAACGGCCACCACGCGGGGACGCUGUCGGACGACGACCUGCUCAACUCCUCCACGUCCUCGACCGGGUCGCAGAUGUCGCUCGACCAGCAUCGGCAGGACGGAGUGCUCCUCGCCGAGGCCCUCUGGGACCACCCGACCCUGGACCAGGAGGAGCUGCGCUUCCGGGCCGGGGACACGAUCGAAGUCAUCGACCGCUCCUUCCCCAACUGGUGGUGGGGCGUGAUCGGCUCUCAGUCCGGGUGGUUCCCCGCUUCAGCCGUCAGGGUGAGCCGCGAUUCGUUUUUCUUUGACCGGCGCUGGGUGCAAUCGAGAGGCAAUGUGUACUCGGGGGGCGCGCUGACUUGCGGCAACUUGCAUUCCAUGUUCCGAGUAUCCUCCAAGAAGUUACGGGUGGACCAAGAGGAGGAGGACGCUCGGAAGUCCCUGCACCCCUCCCCGUCCUCGCGGACGGUGCGGGACUCGCCCCGCGCCGCCGCGCCGAAGGCGAGCGGGUCGGGGAUGCACUCGUGCCACACGUCGCCGCUGCCCUUCGGCCAGGUGGAGGCCAGGUCGGCCGUCUCCAAGGAGAGGAUACGGGCCAACAUCAUCCAGGAGAUCCUCUCGUCGGAGCUGGAUUUCUUGAACAACCUCAGGGAUAUCGUUCAGGGUUACAUCCGUCAGAUGGAGCGCCGCCCGGAGAUGUUCACGAUCGAGCAGAUCAUCCUCAUCUUCGGGAACGUGGAGACCAUAUUCGACUUCCAGGAGAAGUUCGUGACGGACCUCCAGGCGUCGAUCGUCUGGGACCGGCCGCAUCUCACCUGCAUCGGUUCUGUGUUCCUGCGGCACAGAAACUCGUUCGAGAUGUACUCAGCCUACUGCAACAACCACCCCCACGGGAUCUCCGUGCUGGAGGACAUGUACGGGGACUGGCGGAAGGUCCACUUCCUGGAGGCCUGCCGCCUCAGGCAGAAGAUGAUCGGCAUCUCCCUCGACGGCUUCCUGCUCACGCCGGUGCAGAAAAUCUGCAAGUACCCGCUGCAGCUGGCCGAGCUCCUCAAGUACACGCAGAACUCCCACCCGGACUACGACCCCCUGGAGCAGGCGCUCCAAGAGAUGACCUACCUGGCCCAGUCCAUCAACGAGCGGAAGCGGCGCCUGGAGAACCUGGAGCAGCUGGCCACCUGGGAGAACGCCAUCGAGGGGUGGGAGGGGCCGGGCAUCCUCGAGUCCAGCUCCCACCUCAUCCGGCAGGGGGACGCGCUCAAGAUCACCAACACGGGGAGGGUGAAGGAGGUGACGCUGUUCCUCUUCGACCACCUUCUGGUGUUCUGCAAGAAGGACAUGCUGAAGAAGAACUGUCUGUUGUUCAGAGGCAGGAUCUGCUUGGACAACUGUCAAGUGCUGGAUAUCCUCGAUGGGAGAGGUCAUCGUGCUUUCCCCCCCACAGACCCCCAGUUCAACAUCGUGCUCCGCAACGCGUGGAAGAUGUUCGACUUCCGCCGGAACCUCUGGUGGGUGUUCGCGGCGCGGACGGUGGAGGAGAAGGAGCGGUGGAUGGAGGCGCUCGCGGUGGAGCGGAAGCAGGUGGAGCACGACCGGGACUACGGGCUCUCCAUCUCGCCGGAGGACAAGAAGCUGGCCAUGCUGGCGGCCAGGCGGGGCAGGCACAAGCCCAAGCGGCCGAAAAGCAAGCCCAGGCGCCACAAGUUCGACGCCGCCUUCACCGCCGAGCUGCUCUCCAGCAUGGACCGGCCCGAGUCGUCGCCGACGCCGGGGAAGAAGCGGAGCGGAGCGUCGUGGUUCGCGUUCGCGGCGAGGAAGCGCACGCCGCUCAUCCUCGCGCCCUCGUAGGUCGGCGAAUUCGCCCGAGCCGUCGCGCGCUUCGCGCCGACCCGCACUCGUGGGUUCGAGUGGAACCUGUGGGUUUAGGUUAAAAAAUCUGUGGGUUCGCUGAAAAUUGUGGGCUCGCAGAAACUUGUGGGUUCGCGGAAAGCGCGGGGGUUCGCGGCGCCUCGGACUCUGUGAUAGUGCUGGCCUCGGUGAACGGUGAUACGCUCGGUAUUUUUUUCCCCCCGCUAUUCAGUCGACGGUGCUAAUUGGCUCUUUCCCUGCCUUGUGAUCAUGCAGUUCCUCCAGUGAAUCCUUGUUUUGGUGUUUUUUUUUCUUUCUUUUUUUAAUUGCUAGUCACGUAUGUCAGUAUCGGGGC